UAAAUUAUACUCCCUCCGUCCCAUAAAGUGUUACCCAUUUUGACUAAAGUUGAAAUUAAGGGAGGGAUAAUUUUGUGUUGACUUUCCAAAAAUACCCUUGAUGUGAUGGGUAAAAGUAGGAUGUGAUGUGUAGAUUAUUAGGAAAAAGGUAUGAUGUGAUAGUUAGGGUUUGAAAAACGGUUCCCAUAUAAUGAACCCCCUCUUGGAGACACCCAUCACUUCUUUAAACAAAAGAACCAAGUUGAUAAACCCCCCUACCACCAGAAAGUGUACGUACGUGCAGUCAUGAGUGAGGAAGGUAGAAGCCCUAGCGUUUUAAUGUUCCCAUUCUUGGCUCACGGCCACAUCACUCCUUACCUGGGACUGGCCAAGAAUCUCUCCCACCGGGGUUUCCUCAUCCACCUAUGUUCCACCCCCGUCAUCCUCGCCUCCGUCAAGAACAUGAUCCCGGAGAAGUAUUCCGCCUCGAUCCGGCCGGUGGAGCUCCACCUGCCGCACCUCCCGGAACUCCCUCCCCAUUGCCACACCACCAACGGCCUCCCGCCCCACCUCCAGCCCACCCUCCGGAGGGCAUUGCGGAUGUCGAAGCCGAAUUUCUCCGAGAUCAUGCGCGCCCUCAAGCCCGACCUCCUCGUCCUCGACUUCCUCCAGGUCUGGGCUGAAGAGGUCGCGCAUGAUCUCCGCAUCCCCGCCAUUCGGUUCUACAACGUUUGCGCCGCCACAUCCUCUUACAUUAACUUCACCACAAUAAGUGGUGGCUCGGAAGACGUCUUCCCGUUCCCGGCCAUUCGCCUGGAUGGGCACUGGGAAACCGUCUUCCGAGCUUCCGUGAGGCACAUCAUGAUGAGCGAGAGGGACCCGGAAGAGAGCCUCUCGAAGCCACAAAUGGUUUUGAUCAGUAGCUCAACGGAAAUGGAGCCCGAGUACAUACAAUACUACUCCAAGAUUAUCGGAUGCAGAGUCGUUCCGAUCGGGUUGUUAGCCCAAGACCAAACCGAGGAAUCCCCGCAAAAUAUAGGGGAGAUCUUGGAUUGGCUCGAUACGAAAGAGGAAGGCUCGGUCGUGUACAUCUCAUUUGGGAGCGAGUGCUUCUUGUCCAAACAAGAAAUCGAGGAGAUGGCCCGCGGGCUAGAGCUGGUGGCGAGGGCCGCCACCAGCAAGGUGAACUUCAUUUGGGUGCUAAGGUCCCCAAAUGGGAGAAACAUGGAUGUUGUUGAAGAAUCACUCCCCAAUGGAUUUGUAGAAAAGAUGGGGGAGAGAGGAAAGAUAGUGAAAGGGUGGGCCCCACAGGUGAAGAUUCUCAGCCACCGGAGCGUGGGUGGGUUUCUGACACACUGUGGGUGGAACUCGAUAAUGGAGAGUCUCAAUUUCUCCGUCCCGAUCAUCGCCAUGCCCAUCCACGUCGAUCAACCCGUGAAUGCCAGGUUUCUAGUGGAGAAGGGCCUGGCAAUCGAGGUCACGAGGGACGGAGGAGGAAAGUUUUCAAGGACGGCGAUAGCUAGGGCGGUGGAGGAGGCUUUUAGUGGGAAGAGAAGUGAGGCAUUGAAGAUGAGGGUUAAGGACAUGAGCAUUAGGUUAAAGAUGAAACAGAGGGAGGAGAUGGACAAUGCUGCACUGGAAUUGAGAAAACUUUGUGCCCAGAUAGAGAAAGUGUAGUUUGAUUUAAAUUAUUUACAGCCAAUUGCCAAAUAAUCGUACUUCCUCAAUUUUAUUCCCAUUUGAGUUUAUUGAUCGGUGUUGUUAAGGUUUUCAAUGCAUGCACAUUGGAUAAAACAAUAUACACUACAACAAAAAAAAGUACUUAUG